AAAUCCCUCUCAAUCUGAUCAGUGUGUUUGGAAUGGACUAACUUGCCCCAACUCUGAGACCGACUGCGGCUGGCGGACCUUUUUUUCUCUUCAGAAAACUUUUUAAUGCAGCUUCUUUUUAGCAGGGAUGAACCAGGGGAAAUGAACAAGAUCCGGAAAUUAAAGGAUUACUCCUAACUGCCAAACACUAGAGGUCUGGUGUGCCAAAGAUUUCGUCUACUUGGGUAACAAAAAAAAGCCGUCAGCAGGCCUGCUCUGGAUUUUGUACACCAGAAUGUCAGUGAUUGAUGGAUUUAUAACCGUUGAAAGUGGAUAUAACCUCACAUAACAAAAAGAAUGCACUUUUUGGACACUUGUUGUGGAUUUCUAAAUCCGUUGAUUGUUCUCCCAUGACUUAUUUUCGUGGUGUGCAUCCCACUUCUGUAAAGAAGAAAACAAUCAUGAUUAAAAACACAAAUUAUGCCAUCAUGUCCCUGCCUUUCUCAGAACACAUGAAAUGGGGAGGGAUUGUUCGAGGUCUGUAUCCACCCUCUCGCUCCAUCUUUCUUCUACUACUAUUUUCCCUGCCGCUGGAUGCAGUAAGUGGUGUGGCAGGUUUGGAAUAUGACUGGGGAACACAACCCAAACUAGUUUGCAUCCCCAUCCCUGCUGAUGCAGAUCCUAGUUGUUUCACACCAGGCGGGGCUUCACAUGGGACUUUACAUGGGUCUUCGCAUGGAGCUUCACAUGGGCCAUCCCAUGGCUCUUCACAUGGGCCAAACAGCAAUGGACAUGGAAAUGGACAUCAUGGACCAGUUAGUGGUCUGCCAAACAGCAACGGACAUUUGAAUGGACAUCAUGGGCCAGUUAGCGGCCUGCCAAACAGCAACGGACAUGGGAAUAGCCAUGGAAAUGGCCAUCACGGCCCAGUUAGUGGUCUGCCAAGUAGUCACAGCAGUAGUAGCAGCCGACAUGGCAUAUCCGAUGAGGCCAAAUCCACCAUCCUUCACCUGAGGGAGAGCCUUGUGCGACAGAAGGAGACCAUCUUGGACCAGCGGGAGACCAUUCGGGAGCUGACAGCGAAACUGACUCUCUGCGAGAGCUUUGGGAGAGGACAUCAUGACGACAACCAUCAUGGCCCUUCACAUCACGGCUCCCAGCAUUCCUCGCAACACUACGACAGCCACCACGCUGACCCACACUACCCCUUAAACGGGCACCGCAGUGACAAUCAAAGAGGCAAAUCUCCAUAUCUGGGCAAACAUGGGGGAUUCUCUCCAGAGCAGACCGGAAAGACACUGCAGGCCCUGAAGGAGAGGCUGGAGAAUCUGCAGGCUAGAAAUUCCUCCAGUUCCUAUUCGAGUUCAUUGCGAGACCUCCUGCAACGCAAAAUCAACACACUGGAAGAACAGCUUCAUCAUCAUUACGACAGUCACUACGGUCACUAUGAUCACCACGACCACGAUUACCACCAUACUGACCACCCCAGUAACCACCAUGAUGACAAUCACGAUAACCACGACAAUCAUCACGACGACCAUCACUCCAACCGCCAUCGUAACCACCAUUACAGUUAUCACUAUGACCAUCACGGCGACCACCAUGAUGAUCACCACGACGAUCAUCAUGACGACCACCAUGACGAUCACCAUGACGAUCACCACGACAAUCAUCACAACGGCCAUGACAAUCAUCAAGACAGCCACCCUAACAACCACCAUGAUGAUCAUCAUGAUGAUGGCCAUUAUAGCAAUGGUCAUCGUGACGAUGGCCUUCAUGGCAAUGGCCACCAUGAUGAUGGACACCAUGGAAAUGACGAUGAUGCCCACCAUCCACCAACCUCUUUUAAGCCACCAGGGUCAAGAUCUCCUGUCCGCGGAGCCAUCAGUAAACUAGAUGCAGUGCUGAGCAACAUUCACCACAAACCUACUGAAGCAGGAUCAAAUAAGAAGCCCAAGAAUCCUGACGCGUUUCAGAUUGGCUUCCCGAUGCGCACCAACUACAUGUACGGGCGAAUCAAGCGCACCCUUCUGAGCGAGAUCUUCGCCCUUACCGUCUGUCUUUGGUUAAAAGGAGGCUCGGGUCCUGGCCUCGGAACCCCGUUCUCCUACUCUGUCCCUGGACAAGCCAACGAGCUCGUCCUCAUUGAGUGGGGCAACAAUCCCAUGGAGCUGCUGGUAAACGACAAGGCAGUCACUCUUCCUCUUUCUCUGACGGACGGGAAGUGGCACCAUCUCUGUGUAACAUGGUCCACACGUGAUGGCAUGUGGGAGGCUUAUCAAGAUGGUGUGAAAAGGGGCACUGGAGAGAAUCUGUCGCCCUGGCAUCCCAUUAAACCAGGAGGAGUCUUCAUUCUUGGCCAAGAGCAGGACACUCUUGGUGGCCGUUUUGACGCAACGCAGUCUUUUGUGGGUGAGAUGUCAGAUCUGCAGCUGUGGUCUCGUGUUCUCACAUCUACCGAGAUCUACAACCAAGCGUCCUGCGCCAGCCACCUCACCGGAGACGUCAUCACCUGGAGCGAGUCUAUGGUGGAGCUCCAUGGCGGAGUCACCAAGUAUCCAUUCGACCCUUGUCAUUAAGGAUCAAAAAUAUAAAUCGCAAAAGUGGAAAAUUAUGAGUCCAAAUGGAAAAGAUGAACAGGAAGACACAUAGGCUGUGAGCCUUUUACUAAGGACUUCAUUAGCUCAAGUGUCUAUAAAUUGCAAACAGCAUAUCAAUAAGCACUCAGGAUGUCAACAGACUGGUUGAACUCCAUGUUUUUGAUAAUUGCCGAUAAUGAAAGAACCUCAAAAAACUCUAUAACAACUAUUUAUUACAGCUGUUCUAUUAAAAGGAGGCGUGGAGUGUUUUUAUAUCUGUGUAAACAUAUGUUUUUCCUUUGGUUUAUUAGUCCACUCUUUGUCACUCUAGUCAGCAUGGGGCAGGAGUGAGUUUUAAAGGUUUACAUUUACGCCAGAAUUGAUGUGAUUUUUCUAAACAAAGUCUGUAAUCACUAUAAAUGAGAUGAGUCUCAAUAAUUAGAAACGGCCUAAGCCCCUCCUCCAAAUGUUCAGUAUUAAUAACGGUCUGUCUUUUGGUCUUCGGUGUUAAAAUGACUUAUAUGGCCAAUCAGAUCAAAGAGGGUGGAGCCCUUCAUAGAUGGCAAACAAAUAAUUUCAACACAUCUCUUCAGUGUUUAAAGUCACAAUGAAAUAGAGGUUAAGCUUGUCCUUUUUCAUGACAUACAUCGAGUUGAAAUGGUCCUGAAAUGAGAAAAAAAUGUAGGAUUUUGUCUUUUAGAAACAGAUUCGAUCAAUGGAAGAUGGGUGUUGCUAAUAUAAUAAAAGAAGAUUGAUGAAUGGAUGAAGAAAGAGCAAAAAUGAGACACGCCCUGCUAGCCUCGCCCUAAAGGCGUUCCAUGUGACCAGAAGUGGAAAAAAAGUUGUUUCAAGAUGGAGUGAAGAUUUUGUAUUUGAUAAAAGAUUAUGAAGGCAAAAAUUUUUUUACAAAAUAAUAAAGUACAUAAAAACACUGUUUAUAACAAGCAUUACACUGUUAACAGUUUCUUGUAAAAUCUACAGUAACUAACUGGCAGCAGUUUGCCAGAAAAAUACUGUACUUUUACAGCACCAUUUAUCUUGCUGUAAAUGUAUUCACGGAAAAUUGUAUGUAUAUCCUUACAGUAAAAUAUACAGUAAUUUUCACAAUACAACUUUAAAAUACAGCAACAUACUGCAUAACUGCCCUAUGGUAAAACAGUUCAGGUAACACUUCAUUUUGAUGGUCCAGUUUAGUAUUCGUAGACGGUCUGCUCAAUAUCUGCUGAUACUGCUCCAUCAACAGACAUUUAACAAACUAUAAGAAACUUUGCAAGUACAUGUCAACUUACA